AUGGUUUUCUCAAUCAAGAACUUGGCUACUGCCUCCACCUUCCUCUCCAUUGCUCAAGGAUCAGUGAUGGGAAAACGUGCUCUCUCGGGUCAAGCUACUUAUUAUGGUGGUAAUACUCAAGGAGGAUCAUGUUCAUUCUCUACCUAUACUCUUCCAUCCAACAUCUUUGGCACUGCCCUCUCCGAUUCCAACUGGGCUACUGCUUCGCAGUGUGGUCGUUGUGUUUCGGUUACCGGUCCUUCGGGUAACUCUGUUACCGCUAUGAUCACAGACGAGUGUGUCGGCUGCGGAACCAACCACUUAGAUCUCUACACCAAAGCCUUCUCCUCCCUCGCUCCCCUAUCCAAAGGAAUCAUUGGCAUAACCUGGGACUACGUUGACUGUCCCAUCACCACCCCCCUCCAACUCCACCUCAAGGAAGGUGUCUCCGCCAACUAUUUCAGCAUGCAAGUCGUCAACGCUGCCGAGGGAGUUUCCACACUCGACGUUUCCACCGACGGCGGAUCCACCUGGAAACCAACCACCCGCACCACCUACAACUUCUUUUUACACCCCGCUGGCUAUGGUGCUACCGUCGACGUCCGCGUUACCGGUUUAAGCGGAAAGACUGUCAUCGUUAAGAAGAUUGCCGUUACACCCGGAAGCGUCGUUACCGCGAGCGCAAACUUGGCUUAG